GUUUGGAGUUGUUGUCAAAAUGGCGGCCUGAGUUUCGUUUUGAGUAGAAUAGGAACUAAUGAGUGAUGUUUAUAUAAUUUAUAUUUUAAUAUAUACAUUCUACGCAAUACAUGUUUGUCAUCACUUAGAACUUCAACUAGAACAAGAUUUUCAGAGGUUAUCUGACAUAGAUUGAUAAGAUCAUAACUUGUAUUGGUAACAUCCUUAUAAAAUGAGUGAUGUUUUCAGAUGAAUGUCAAGAAAUUGAAAAUCACCUUAAAUCUCUGUUAUUGAUGGGCUCAAAAACUACUGAUUCAAGUUUAACGAGAGAAACAACUGUAUAUGAAAACAGUUGUUAUCCACACGAAAACCAAAGAUUGGUUUUCAGAGCAGAAAGGAGGAAUAACACUAUAUUUAAAAAUGAUCAUACACAAAAUUUACAAAGAACUUCUGAAAAUAAGAAACAAAGAAGAAAAUUUCAAAGUGACUUUGUAGAUCCUCGCGAUAGACGAUCCACUGCAGAAACUAGAAGAUUGUUCUCUGGAGGACAGAAUGCAUUUACUGGGGAACAAAAGCGCGAACAUUUUAAUUCAAAUUACAACAAUAAACGGCGUCAAAGAAACCAUAAAAAACAAAGUGAUGUAAAAAGUGAACACAACCAAUGUAAUUCGUUCUAUUCGACAGAAUUUCUGUCCAGGGUUUCGGACAAAGAUGUUCAUGCCUCAGCUGAGAAUGAUGCUGAUUUUGAACCAGAACUAUUUUAUCCAAAAUAUAGUCCGAAAAGCAAAGCUAAAGAAAGUAAUAAGAAAUCUAGAAAUUAUUUUAAAAGUGAUAAUGUUCCGAGAACAUUUGUUCCACAGAAAUCUCAAGCUGCAAGUUUUAAAGAUAAUAGUGAUCAAGGUGUUCGAACUGAUUCUGUAAAUCUUGUUAAGGAAAGGCGAACUCAAGCCAAUAUAUUUAGAAAUGCUUUAGUGAAAACACGUUGUAAUGAAACAAGUAAGUAUUUUAAAACUAAUAGUUUCAUAAUUAUGCAGUUUGUAAAUUAAUGCAUUAUUCAAAGUAACUAUUU